AUGUGUAUAGAUAUACGAGUUGGAACGAUUGUGCUCUCUGGAGGGCGUAUGACCUGGUUAUAUGGUCUGGGACCCACAACAGGACAAAGUCCACUUCAGGGACCCACAACAGGACAAAGUCCACUUCAGGGACCCACAACAGGACAAAGUCCACUUCAGGGACCCACAACAGGACAAAGUCCACUUCAGGGACCCACAACAGGACAAAGUCCACUUCAGGGACCCACAACAAGACAAAGUCCACUUCAGGGACCCACAACAGGACAAAGUCCACUUCAGAGACCCACAACAGGACAAAGUCCACUUCAGGGACCCACAACAGGACAAAGUCCACUUCAGGGACCCACAACAGGACAAAGUCCACUUCAGGGACCCACAACAGGACAAAGUCCACUUCAGGGACCCACAACAGGACAAAGUCCACUUCAGGGACCCACAACAAGACAAAGUCCACUUCAGGGACCCACACAGGACAAAGUCCACUUCAGGGACCCACAACAGGACAAAGUCCACUUCAGGGACCCACAACAAGACAAAGUCCACUUCAGGGACCCACAACAAGACAAAGUCCACUUCAGGGACCCACAACAAGACAAAGUCCACUUCAGGGACCCACAACAAGACAAAGUCCACUUCAGGGACCCACAACAAGACAAAGUCCACUUCAGGGACCCACAACAAGACAAAGUCCACUUCAGGGACCCACAACAGGACAAAGUCCACUUCAGGGACCCACAACAGGACAAAGUCCACUUCAGGGACCCACAACAGGACAAAGUCCACUUCAGGGACCCACAACAGGACAAAGUCCACUUCAGGGACCCACAACAGGACAAAGUCCACUUCAGGGACCCACAACAGGACAAAGUCCACUUCAGGGACCCACAACAGGACAAGGGUGUGGGAUAUGAGGACAAGGAGCUGUGA